AAAAAUCUACGAUUAAAAAAUGUAAACAACAAAAUGCGAGCCGUAUCAUGACGUCAUAUCUCAUUUGCAUACUGCAUCAUACUUAAACGGUACUCACGGAAGUCGACGCCACUUCUCCUACUACGAAUCGACGUGCUUCUUGGUGCAUCGCCAGCAGCUGUCUACGCCAACAUGUCUGACAAACCCAGUGUCGAUGAAGUCACAACCUUUGACAAAUCCAAACUGAAGAAGACCGAGACGCAUGAGAAGAAUACACUGCCAACCAAAGAAACCAUUGAGCAGGAGAAGUCUGCAUAAUGACCAACCCAAAGUUAUGUACAUUCCACAAGCCCUUCAAGUGAACUUCACCUGCAAUGGCUGGCCAAACGCCACAUCACUUGGCUGCAAACAUCUUUUGGCACAGCUGAGAAUGGCUUGUUUACACGGGUCCACGGUCCUGAUAUGUUUUUGUGGUGGCAUCUUCAGGGGAGGAUGAGUGGAACCACACCUUGUGAUGUGCGAAUUCACUCGGCAAUGCCUGGAAAUGCUUCCACAGAAAUUUUUUUUUUCUUUUUUGUAAAUCUGGAAUACACGUUUAAUAUGCAAAAUAAAAAUGUAUAAAGGGUCA